AUGGCUUUGUUCAUGGAUGCAGAUUUCUCAUUAGUCAAGCAGAACCAGCAGGCAGAUGUGGUGGAUUUGAAAGGGAUAUUUGGGGAACAGGAACACUGUAAAGAGCCGGACCGGGCAGCCUGUCUCACUGAGGGUCCAAGAAAAAGGAAGCGGACCAUCUUUAGCCGAGCUCAGCUGUCUGAGCUGGAGCAAGCCUUUGCUGUGACGCCCUACCCAGACAUCACUCUCAGAGAGAGGCUAGCCGUGCACACACUCCUGCCCGAGAGCAAGAUACAGGUGUGGUUUCAAAACCGAAGAGCCAGAAGUAUCAAGACUGGGAGAAUGCCCAAGUCCAUGAAACAUGUUCUUGGAGAUAGGGGACUUUCAGAACCUAUCUCUGGGCUGGUGACCUCAGCUUUUCCUGCCCAAACCGCCUUGGCAGACAUAUUCAGACCGGAGCAAAACCAGCCCUGUGACGACAUCCCACCGUUGUACUCUGAGUGGAUCCAGCUCUACAGCAAUCAAACUACACCAUCCACUUCCACAUCGAUCCACCAGCAGCCCACCCUUGGCUCCCCGAAGUGUUCAGAGUCUCGACUGUGGGAAGAGGAGCGGCAUCAGCGGCAGCAAAUGGGAUCAACCGUCCCGUCUCUCCUUCCUGGUUCUUUUUCACAUCCCAUCACCAGACAACCUCACCGUGCUGCGUCUAAUCACUCCUACCAGUCCCUCAGGAACUUCAAAUCCCAGAGCCUGGCUCAGGCUGGGGCUCAUCAGGCUAUCUACGGGGGCGGCGCCGGAGGCCACAUUUCUGUCGACCAAGUCGUUCCUUCUCACUCUCAGUCGACAUACUGGGAGGUAACUCAGGGCCAAGGACCUCACCACCACCACCACCAUCAUCAUCACACACAAAUGGCACCACAGACCUCGAUGGGCUACAUCUCAGACCUGAUCUACAAUGCUGCUAUUGUGACCAACUUCCUGGAGUUCUGAUGAAGUGUACAGUAGAAGUGUACAAAAUGUAUUUCCCUUUUAUACCCUGUGUCCAAAUACACAAACUCCUGCUUCUUUUGUCACCUGAAAUAACAAUAUCUCAAAUAUUGUAGUGAGAAUGUUCUUCCUCUUCCCUUGUGUUAAUGUUGGAAUCAUCUUUUAUAUGUUGUUUGCUUUUAUUUCCCCAAAAAUGUAAUAGAAAA